GUGUCGGCUCGACAAGUGUUUGGCCGCAGGAAUGCGAAAAGAGUUAAUUCGGAGUAAAGAGGAAAAUGAAAGACUAAAACAAGUUGUUAUAAACAAUAGACUAAAACAAUUCCAAUGCAAUAAAUCCGUGGUUUCUUUGGGUGAUUGUAACUCCUCGUUGAAUACAAACAACACAAUCAAUACGAGUGCCGAAGAGCUUAGGGAACAGAUCAGAGAUAUUGAAAACUAUGUGACAAACAAUAUAUUCACAGAAAGUAAUGAAGAGUCACCGGAAUUGCCAGUAAAUCCCGUAUUCCGGGAACUCAUCGAUUAUAAGGGUUUGAAUCAAUUAGAGUGCAAUCGGAUGCGGGAAUUGAUGAUCGCUUCCAAUGUAUUCAACUAUCGGUUAAAUAGUGAGAAAAUAGUUAAAGAAAUAUUAGGGUUGGAGAAAAUGAUUGCGAAUUAUUCACAUUUAAAUGAGAAAUUUGUGACCGAUUUAAUCAGUUUUGCACAACAUUUGAUGACAUUCAACACUAUCUGUCCCAAAGAUGGCUUGGCUUUAGUUAAAUACGGCGGCAAAGACUUGAUGUUAAUCCGGAUUUUGAAAUAUUAUCACCAGGAUCGUGCU